AUGGCUCCGACAACAAAAGGCUCGAGAACGGCCGUUAAGGGCCACAUAACAAAAACAAUCAACCUAAUCAAUGGGUUGAAAACUGUGAUGACGCAAGAAGAGCUCAGCAACCUAGAAAUAUUGGAAACUAAGCUUAAAGGAUGCUACGAAACCUACAAAGGGUAUUCAACAGCAAUCCAAGACGAACUCAAUGAAGCGGAUGCAGACCAGGCGGAAUACGACGCCGAAACUGACAUCACGUACCAAACACAAGAUGAGGCAACCAUAACCCGCGACAUAAUCACACAAGUGAUUGCAACCAUACCUACGCCUCAAGCGCCAGUGGUUAACGUAACCGCAGCAGCUCCGCCACAAUCGACACAUUCGAUGAGAUUGCCACAAAGGCAAAUUAAACAUUUCAAAGGGGACAUUUUAGAAUGGACCCAAUUCUGGGAAUCGUUUAAUGCGGCGAUUCAUUCCUCAACCCUUACCAACGUUCAAAAGUUUGAUUAUCUCAAAGAGUAUUUGAAAGGCGAAGCUAACUUAAUUGUUAAUAAUCUUGAAUUGACAGAUGCUAACUACCAGGUAGCCAUCGACGAGUUAACAAGAAGAUAUGGCAAAAAACAGGUUAUGAUCGACGCUCACUUCAACAAACUGCAUACCUUGCAGCCAGUGAAAGACGGAAAUGAUGUGCCAGCCAUCAGGAGUUUUCAGUUGAAUCUCCAAUCGCACAUCAGUGCCUUGGAGACAUUAGGAGUCCCAACGUCUUCUUUCGGGGGACUCCUCGGUACUCAACUAAUCAAAUUAAUUCCUUCAAGUUUACAGCUAGAAUGGGCAAAAUCAGAGUCCAACAAAUCAACGGACAUUGAAGGAGUAAUAAAGUUCAUCGGCGACCAAAUCGACGCAGCCGAAAGAUUCAACAGGAUUAGAGGAGUAGAAAAGGAAAAACCAUCUCCAGCUCCUAAACAACCAAAGCCUUUCAGCCCACCUCUAGCAACAGCGUCCCAACUGGCCGUUGGCGCUAAAUCAAAUCCAGCUCUACAGUUCAAACCCACUUUAAAAUCUAAAAGUGUUAAAUUUAGCCCUUUAAUAUCUAAAAGUGUUAUAUUUAGCCCUAGUCGGAUAGAAUGUGAAAGGCCUUGUAUAUUUUGCGGGCAAAUUCAUUGGCCGACAAGAUGUCCAAAAGACUUAGCGGAGAGAAAAUCAAUCAUUAACAAUUUAAAAAGAUGCGUGAAUUGUUUCGGAGGAAAGCACGAAGUCAAGGAUUGCACAUCCCCCCGGAACUGCAACAAAUGUGGAGGGAGACACCAUUCCGCCCUCUGCGACAAAGGAGACAUAAGAGUCUCCAAACCAUCAAAAUCGGCAAGCAUCAUGGCCAGCAACUCCAUCUCGGCCACUACAGCCUGCGCAAGUACGUUCAGGCAGUUAAUGUUAAAAACGGCAACAGUGAUUGUCAAUGGACCAGACGGCAGCGAAACUAGAGCAAUAUUAUUUGCUGACGACGGAAGUCAUCGAUCAUGGGUGCUAAAAUCGCUCUCAUCGCAACUCAAAUUGAAAACAGUAGCGGUAGAAAAUAUCAGCACGAGAGUGUUUAAGAAAAAGGAAGCUAGCCAACCCGAAAUGACAAAAACCGUUGAAAUGCAAGUAAGGGGCACCUGGAAAGGCGCCCCAAAAAUUACAUUAAUCGCUUUAGAAUCAGACCAUAUUGCAGAUACUGGCCCUUACAUAGGAUCCGAAUUUGCAAGGAGCCUCUGGAUCCAAAACGAAAAAAUGGCUGACGACAGAUUUGAAAUGGCACAUGGGGAAGAAGAGCCAAUUGGGAUUCUGGUUGGAAUGGACCAAAUGUUCCAGAUCAUGUCAAAUGAAGAAGCAAUUCAGAGUCCGUGCGGACUACGCGCAUUCAAAACGAAACUGGGAAGAAUGAUAGCCGGUCCCUCACAAGAAACUAAUUCUAAGACAGGCAAUCAAAUAAUCCAGCACCUAAUUUUAACAUCUAAUUAUCCAGUGCCGCAGAUAACGUCAUCGUUCGCAACAAGCAGCCGAAUCGAAAGAAAAGAAAGUCCAACCCAGUCAAUCCGAACUCCAACGGGAAAGGAGACUGGAAAAGCCAGCCUCCAAAAUCCACAACCAGGAACAUCAUUUUCAGAUGCACCAACCGGAUCCUGCGGAGAAACAGACACUAAAUGGGUUGAACACGACGAAAUAACGGCUACCAAUUUCGACCUCUCCCUCUUUUGGAGAAUAGAAAGUUUUGCGAACCUAGAAGGCGCUGAAGCAGUGGAGUCAGAGGAUCGUUUCGACUCCUUCGACGAGAAAAUAACAAGAUGGCCAGACGGAAGAUACUGA